UUGUAGUCUUAUCAAUAAUCCACGCAGUGUAUAUAUAUAGAUAUUGUCAGGUGAGAAGACGCGUAUUGGAUUUAAUAUUGAACACGCAAUAAGUACAGUGAUGCAUCUUGUUCUGCUACUGGGCGUUAUUCUACCAUCAACGUUUGCAACUAAGUGCUUCACGGACGCAGAAUGUGGUGCGGGUGAAUGCUGCUUUCGACAUGAAGGUCCACUCAUUGUGAGCAGACGGCGGCAACUGGACAGUCUGAUAGCUCCCCAUCAUGGUGUUUGUGAGAAAUUCCAACUUGAGGGAGAACGCUGCAGUGUGUUUGACAAAGUAAACGGUCAUUGUAGCUGUGACAGGGGUCUGCACUGUGCCUAUGUCGCUGAUUCGUCAACUGUUCCCACUAUAUUAUUGCCACACAAACGCUCCGUCAUCGUACCGCCUUAUCCAGGGGCAUACAGAUGUACACCCAUUGUUUAAUAUGAUUACAUAUCUGCUUUAUUUAUUAAACAGUAAAAGAACA